AUACGGGAUUUUGACUCCAGGAUAUUGAUUUUAAUGAAGACCUUAGGUUAGUGGGGAAGGGCUACGUCAUUCGCCAACCCCAUCCUAUGAAUCACGUCUUAUCUGUGACCUUCCCCGAUGCUGAAGUCGGGGUCCAUGUGGCGUCAACGCGGACACAUUGAGUGGAAGUCAUACUCCAAUGUGUCAAUCCGGAAUGACUAUGGUCUUGUGACGUUCCCAUCAUCGCUCAAACUUUGGAAAUCAAAGUUCGUCUUUGUUUCUGGUUUCCCCGGGGAUCAGCACCCUUUCUUGGCAAGGUUUCCUGUGUGUCGUUCCUUCAUCCGUCAUCACCUCCCCAAGGCCACCACAGAGCUUCUCAAGUACACGGAGAAGCUAUUGGCAGACUGUCGCCCUAACCCUCCUAGUGCGUACGAUAAUUGUACGAAGGUGAACCUGGGCAAAGCAGGGUUCCUCGUCUCACUUGACCGCCAAUAUGAGCUGGCCGAGAUCGAGGAUGAGCAAAUGCAUCCUUCUGAUCCCGAGGAGGAAAGUGAUGCCGAAUCGCCCUCCGAAGACGGAAAUGAUGAAGAAGCUGGUGACCCAAGGCUCAGCCCAAGGUUAGAGCGGAAGAGGAGGGGGGGGGAUUCUCAGUCGUUGAGCGGGGCUCAAGAAUUCCAUGAGUCUACCGUGGUCACCAUCCCCAGCCCAACCAAAGCUCUAGACCACGCACAAAAGAGGAGGAGGGUCAUUGGAGCCAAAGACGAGGAAGAAGGUCCUAGUUCCGACUCUCUCAGAUCGGAUGCGGUUCUGGCCAUGCGCCUGCCAAAAUCCAAGGGCAGAAAAUCUUCCCUCCACAGCACUUCUUGUGGGGAAGGUGCAAAGUUCGUCUCGGGGGCCAACUUCUUAGCCUCUAUUGAAACAGAGCUUGGCCGCCUGAAAAAGCUUCUUGAGGCCCACCAUGAGCAAGUGUCAGAGCUCCAGCUCCAGGCCGUGUCCAAAUUUGAGGAGGUAGUCAAGCUACAAGGUUUGUUGAAAGAGGCGGAGGAGUCCAUGCCCCAGCUCAUAAGUUUGAUGGCUAGCCUUGAGUUGAAACUCCAUCAAUCAGAUGGGAGGAGGGCCGAGCUAGAUAUUGAGCUUGUGGAGGCCAUCUCUCAUCCGGAGUAAGUCGAGCGCGAGAAGAAGAAAGUCGUGGCCAAAUUCAUUGAGUCUCCUGCGUUCAAAGAGGUGCUGAUGGAAUAUUUUCCCAAGUACUUCGAUGAAUGGGCGAAGACUAAGGUCGACCUGAAGAAGAUUGGGGUUGAGGAGUCGAAAUGGUUAGAGGCCAGCGUCUACCACGAGAUCAAGCUCGUCAUUCGGCGAACUAGGAUAGUGGAUCCCUCCUUUCCCUCGCCAGGAGUUGAUAUUC